UCCUUCGCACCAAUUCUUGUUCACGCCUCAAUAUGUCCAAUUCCUGUUGAGCUAAUCUAUUAGCAAAAUCUUCCUCUGUCCCCUAGCCGCCAAUUGUUCUUCCUUUUUUCGCUUUUCUUGAACCAAAUCUUGCCAAACAUUAUCGGACAAUUUUUGCAAUCUGUCAAUAAGCUCGGCUUUACUGCCCGUCACCGGCAAAUUUCGGAACCUCAAAAAAUAAUGCUCGUUUUGUUUUUUUUUUGCACAAUAAUUGACGUCACUACUCCACAAACAAUUUUUCAAACAAUGCAAAAUUCCAAACAAUCCUGCCCUGCACCGCGCUGCCGAUAUACAAGGAAAUUCAAUAGAUCCCACGGCAUCGAUCUCCAGCUAAGCGAUGAGGCGCCGCCCAUCAGCGUCGAUCGUCUCAGCUUCCGAUAGAUCCAACAGUUUUGACGCUUAAAACCCGCAUCUAUCACCAUCACUAAAAGUAGACCCAAUGCAUCUACCUGUCACCAGUUGCAACAUCUCGGAAGACGCGUGGCCGCGGUCCGCGAUGUGCGAACAUCCCUCCACCGCAGCGUACACUUCCUCGGGCAAUCUGGACUUGUCCUGGUUCGAGCACCGGAUCCACGAGAUCCAGGCCGAACAUCCAGGCGAGUUGGUCAGGACCGGCAGUCCUUAUAUCUUGUGUUCCGCGUUGCCGACCCAUUGGAGGUCAAACAAAACCCUGCCGGCGGGGUUCAAAGUCGUCGCCGUGGGCGACGUCGGGGACGGCACCGUCGUGACCGUCAGGGCCGGAAACGACGAGAACUAUUGUGCGGAGUUGCGGAACUGCACGGCCGUCAUGAAGAACCAGGUGGCGAAGUUUAACGAUUUGAGGUUCGUCGGGAGGAGCGGAAGGGGAAAAUCAUUCUCGAUAACCAUAACUAUAUCGACGAGCCCGCCCCAAGUAGCGACGUAUAACAAGGCGAUCAAAGUGACCGUUGACGGACCCAGGGAGCCAAGAUCGAAAACUGGUCACCCUCACGGUGCCGCCUACCCGACCAUCGGUCUCGGUCGCCACACGAUAUUCACGACCCACUUGCGCGAGCUGGACAACCUGAAACCCCGACAGCGGGGCCUGAGUUCAUCUCACAGCAGCGACGGAUCUCAGAGUUCCUACAAACAGGAACCUCAGGACAACGGACCAUUGUCCGCACAUUGCGCAACAGGUCCGUGGGCGGACUACGGCAAUUGCUACGGAACGUACGGAACUCAGUCGAACUACUGUGACCCUCAUCAGGAUUCACCCUACGUUACGACCAUGCAUUUACCGACCGUUCUGCCGGAAGCUUCGUCCAACGAGUUCAUUUCCACGUCUCUGACGACGUCGUCGCCGCCGCCCAACUUCAACAGCGCAAAGUCCGAACUAGAUACGUUGGCCGGUCGGUAUCCCGAGAACUCCUACUGUCCCAACAACUGGUCUACAUAUCCCGCCUACCCGAACAACAAUUGCUACAACACGUCGUACAACAACCAGCAGUACAUCAACCAACCCACCCCCGUGAUGUUGUAUCCCACGUCGCUGUAUUCUACGGUCAACCAGAACCAGAUACACUUCCACCUACAUCCCCCUAGCGAUUCCAGGAGCAGCGACGCGUAUCUCACGGAUUCUUCCGGAAAUUUACCGAGCGUAGGGCUAGCCUCGGGUAGCGGUAGCAGGCCGGAUUUGGUGCCUACGUCUUCGGGCGAGUUGAAUUCCCACGUGCAAGGGGAAGAGAUUCAGGAUAGCAAUAGGGAUCAGCAGCCGAGCGCCGAUCCCGUGUGGAGACCCUACGAGAGACUGUUCUGAGGAUUUUUGUUUUAAUUUCGCGAACCGUUUAUGUGCGGAGUGUCCACGGGCGGAGCCAGGAAAUGGUUUCUGUAUGGGUGUACAGGGUGUUUCAGUGACAUAGGAAGUGAGUUGUUCAAUUAUUAUUUUCACAUUAUAUUUUGUUUUGCUGUCCUUUUUUUUCUAUUAUUUUCAGCAUAUUUUAAUAUUGAUUUAAUAAAUAUAUUGAGUCUACCAUAUUAACCUUCCAUCCCCGCUUAUUGGCACUUUUGUUAGAUGCUGCAAAUUGAAUAUUUUUUUAUCUCAAUAUACAAACAACGUUGCUCUAAAAAAUUCUUUUUAAAAGUGAUACAAUCUCUUAAAGCAUAGUUUAAAAACUUUUUCCCCCUGCGCACUUCGUCCAAGGACACCAUAGUAAUAUUUUUGAAUAUUCGCGAGCGACCAUUUUGAAAUUUGUUUUUUUUUUUCUACUUUUCCGUUUUACUUGACGAUUUUCUGAGAUACAUAUCAACUCUUUUGUGAUCGACAUAUGUAAU